CUCUGAUCUCGUAUACCGGAUGAUGAUGUGAUUUUGUGUUGGUGGGUAUGCUGUGAACAGCACCAUUCUUUUACUCCUUCAAUGUCUCCUGCCAUAUUUUGUUCUUCGAUCUGUUCCUGGCCAUGCAUGUGAACCCGUUUGUUCCCAUUCGUUCCAGAGGAUUCCAUACAAGGAUGUACGAACUGCAUAAUCCGGCGUCCAUAUCUUGCUGAACGAUUAUCUCAUGCUAUCUGCGAACCCACAUCAACGACUUUCCUUGUGUCUUUUUAUGCGAUUAUGAUUUCGACCAUUUGAAUGAAUAUGAUUGACGUUCUCCUGCUGUCUAUAAUUAGAACUGGCUGCGUACUGAUUUCUUCUUGGUGAAUUGCUGCUGUGCAUGGUUAGCGUGGGUGCCUGCUCGAAUAGUUUGGUUGGUGAAACGAUUCCAGAUUAUUCUUUAUGAUAUGGCCUGUGUCCUGCAUGCGCUGGUCAUUCGUCUGACCUUCCCCGUUGAGAACACCUGCCGAUUUCUCGUCUGCUUCGCUGCAGACCACGUUUCCGUGAAGAAGGAGGCGACAGGGGAGGCGACAGGAGGGGAGGGGCUGCUUGCUGCAGGUCUGACUGCUGUUACUUGUGUUGUCAGGCUGCAGAAUUGCUUGCUUGCGGAUGGAUUGCGUCAGGAAGGAUGAAACGCGCUUUAAGCGAUAGACGAUCAAAUACCGUAGUACUCCUUGUACUCCUUUCGAGUCGAUCAAGAAUGCGGU